AUGCGGAGCGCAUGGCUAUGGUCUUUCUUUGUCUAUCUUGCGCUUUCCAAGGCUGAUGCGUUGACGCUACACCGGAGAGAUGUUCCCUCCGUUGUGCCGCUAGGCAUCCAACGAAAGGAUAUUGCUGAUCCUGUCCAUCGGGAUCGAAUGCGGCGAGACCAAACUGUUGGUCAGAAGCUUGAUAACGAGGAAACGCUUUAUUUUUGUAAUGUCACUCUUGGUACGCCAGAACAGAGCUUGCGAUUGGUCCUUGAUACCGGAAGCAGCGAUCUUUGGUGCAAUGCGGCGAAUUCCACUCUUUGCUCCUCUCGAGGUAGUCCUUGCCGCACAUCAGGUUCUUAUGAUGGUGAUUCUUCCUCCACAUAUUCCUAUGUUUCUUCCAACUUCAACAUAUCAUAUGCGGAUGGUUCAGGAGCGGCCGGUGACUAUGUAACCGACACUAUCCACAUCGGAGGUGUCUCUAUAAAGGAUUUCCAGUUCGGCGCUGGGUACUCGUCUAGCUCUUCUGAGGGUGUUCUAGGCAUAGGGUAUGCGUCGAAUGAAGUACAAGUUGGUCGGUUUGGCCAGAGCGCUUAUCCUAAUCUUCCUCGGGCGAUGGUCGAGAAUGGCCUGAUCAACUCAAAUGCCUAUAGCCUCUGGUUGAACGACCUGGAUGCAAACACAGGCUCGAUCUUAUUCGGCGGCGUUAACAAGGCAAAAUAUCUUGGCGAUUUAAAGACUCUUCCAGUUCAAACAGUCAAUGGUGGCUAUUCGGAAUUCAUUAUUGCGCUCACAGGAGUAGCCUUUGCAUCCGAGUCCGACAGCCACAAUUAUUCCUCGAAUGCACUACCGGCAGCGGUGUUACUUGACUCCGGGAGUUCGCUGACAUACCUACCGGACUCGCUUGUCGAAGACAUAUACAGUGACUUGAACGUUGUUUACGAAUCAUCAAGCGGGGUCGGCUAUGUACCAUGCAGUCUAGCGGACGAGAAUAUCAACAUCACAUACACAUUUUCUGAUCCUAGUAUCACGGUUGGCAUGGGCGAACUGACCCUCGAUUCGGGUCCGCUCUAUUUCCGCGACGGUACACGAGCAUGUGUGUUCGGUAUUGUUCCUGCUGGAGACAGUACCGCUGUUCUGGGCGACACCUUUCUGCGCAGUGCAUACGUCGUCUAUGAUUUGGCGAACAACGAGAUUUCCCUCGCCAAUACAAACUUUGAUCCCGCCGAUGAUGAUAUACUCGAAAUUGGGACAGGUGAUGAUUCUGUUCCUGGUGCUACAAAAGUUGCAAAUCCCGUUACAAGCGUUGCUGUGGAUAAUGGCUCUGGGGCCCGAAUUGGUGGCCCAACUGGCAGUGCCUCGACUGACUUACCAACCGCAACUAGUGCUGCCACUGCUAUUUUGCCGGAUACCAAAGGAAGUUUACUUUACAGGCUUGCAAGUGUAGGCAUUGGGUGUAUGUUUUUGGCAUUCUAG